CCAAUCGGGCCGGAGGCGGAUUCAUGGGUGAACAACCUGAGUUCUGAUUGAUCAAACUGUGCAGUGACCGAGCAGAGAUUGGUCGCUAGAAGGUGGAGUGGGCGGGUCUAAUAGGGCGGUGCCCGUGUUGCUGAGGAGGAGGAAGAUGGCGCCGUGAGGGGGGUCCGAGCUGCUGCCGCCUCCUCUUUCUAUCUGAUACAGAGGACAGUAUGGCUGCCACUGCUGCUGUGAGUCCCAGCGAAUACUUACAGCCUGCUGCUUCGACAGCUCAGGAUUCUCAGCCAUCUCCACUAGCCCUCCUUGCAGCCACAUGUAGUAAAAUCGGGCCUCCAGCUGUAGAAGCAGCAGUCGCUUCUCCUGCUCCUCCUCAGCCUGCUCCUCGGAAAUUGGUACCCAUCAAGCCAGCUCCCCUCCCACUGAGUUCCAGCAAGAAUAGCAUUGGGAUCUUGUCAUCCAAAGGGAACCUCUUCCAAAUUCAGGGGUCUCAGCUCGGGACAUCAUAUCCUGGUGGGCAGUUGGUUUUUACUAUCCAGAACCCAGCUGUGAUCAACAAAGGAGCCCGCUCGCCUGCCAAUAUCCAGUACCAGGCAGUUCCACAGAUCCAAACAGCAUCAGGGCAGACCAUUCAAGUACAGCAGAACUUGGGUAACCAAAUACAGAUAAUUCCCAGUACCAUCACCCCCUCUUCUUCGUCGUCAUCCUCUUCUUCAGCUCAUAAGCCGGUGCCAAUCAAGCCAGCACCAGCUCAUAAGACCCCGCCAACAGCUGUCCAUAAUACAAGCAAUGUUGUCAAGUUAACUGGCGCUAGUGGAAACGUCACCCUUACUCUGCCAGUGAGCAACCUUGUGAGUGCUGGGGACGCCAGUGCUCAAACUCAGAUUGUCCCAGAUAGCCCCUCAAAACCAAGCAAAAAGGCCAGGAAGAAGGUGUUGUCAUCACCCCAGCCAGCUGCAGUGGCUCUGACAGAGCAAGUGGAGACAGUCUUGAUAGAAACAACAGCUGACAACAUCAUCCAGGCAGGGAACAACUUGUUGAUUGUGCAGAGUCCUGGAUCCGGCCAGCCAGCUGUGGUCCAACAGGUGCAAGUGGUCCAACCCAAACAAGAACAGGUAGUUCAGAUCCCACAACAAGCUCUACGAGUGGUCCAAGCAGCCUCAGCCACGCUCCCAACUGUUCCCCAGAAGUCCCCACAGAACUUCCAGAUCCAGACAUCGGAGCCAAUUCCCACUCAGGUCUAUUUUAAGACGCCUUCUGGUGAGCUACAGACAGUGCUACUGCAAGAAGCUCCGGGUGUAACUGUGGCGCCUUCACCCACUGCCUCCUCUUCCACCUCCUGCGGCAGUCCUGUAUCCCGCAGCUCCCAAACAGGAGGAAGUACCAAAAAGACAGGGGCGCGCAAAGAGCGUGCCCUGCCAAAGAUUGCCCCUGCUGGAGGCAUCAUCAGCCUCAAUGCCGCUCAGCUUGCUGCUGCUGCUCAGGCAAUGCAGACCAUCAGUAUCAAUGGCGUACAGGUUCAAGGCGUUCCUGUCACCAUCACCAACACUGGAGGCCAACAACAGUUGACAGUGCAGAACGUCUCUGGCAACAACCUGACCAUCAGCGGCCUCAGCCCCACCCAGAUCCAGCUGCAGAUGGAGCAGGCACUCCUGGGGGACCUGCAGCCUGGGGAGAAGAGGCGGCGGAUGGCUUGCACUUGCCCCAAUUGCAAAGAUGGGGAAAAAAGGUUGGGGGAUCAGGGGAAGAAGAGGCACAUCUGCCAUGUGCCUGAAUGUGGGAAGACCUUCCGCAAGACCUCCCUCCUCCGGGCCCAUGUGCGCCUGCACACAGGCGAGCGCCCUUUUGUCUGCAACUGGGUCCUUUGUGGGAAGCGAUUCACACGCAGUGACGAGCUCCAGCGGCAUGCCCGGACGCAUACAGGUGACAAGCGUUUUGAAUGUGCCCAGUGCCAAAAGCGCUUCAUUAGAAGUGAUCAUCUGACAAAGCACUAUAAAACUCACCUGGUCACCAAGAACUUGUAGGACUGGAUGCAGCCGGAAAAAGAAAGGAGCAGUGUGGGUGUUGGUGACCCCCUUUUCAUGAAGGAAGGUCUCUGCAAAGGACAGAAAUAUACCCAAGUAACACUCCUGACUGGGACAACAUCUGCACAAAGAAGGGAGUAACAGCCUGUGUUCCUUCCAUCAAAUGGCCUCUGCCUUGUGGCACACUCCUUUAGAACUCCUCAGAAGGUCAUCAGACACUGUGGCUUCAGCCUGGGAUGAAGAAGGAGCAACAUCACUUCCAAGUGAAUUGGUUAAAUUGGCACAAAACUCAACAGCGGGCAAGGAAGGGAUGAGGAAAUAGCAAUGCAAAGCCCAUCUAUCCAGUAGCCUCAGGAGCCUGCAAAACCAGUGCCCUCCUCCGCUGCACCAAAGGGCCUCCUUGUGUGUUUGACAGUAGCACCAGCGAAACUAUAUUCCACUUGUAAUCUUGGUUCCCUCUUCCCGCCCAUCCCUUUGUGCUUGUGAAGCUUUUGAAUGGUGGACAGGGAAGCCACCCAAAAUGGGACUCUCUGCACCCCCAGCACAUUCCUACUUUAUAUUUAAAAUUAUAAAUAUCUAUAAAUAUAUAUAUAUAUAUAUAUAUAUAUAACUCCUUAGGAAGCCCUCUGUUUUUUCUAUGGAGAAUGUUGCCUUAUAUUUUCCCCCCAGUCCCAAAUUAUGUAUUGUGAGCAGUUUUUUUAAUUUAAUGAUUCUGUUUUUUAAAAAUAAAUUAAAAUCUUGCCCCACAGAAAGAUGUAGGCACAGUCCAAAGCCCCUGUGUUAAUGCAAGAGCUCUGCACCCAAACAGUGCCAUUUACUGGUCUACAGACUGGGGUGUGCUCUGUAUACACACAGGGCUUUCUAGGGUGUGCAUGGCAGCAGCACUUUGUUUAGGAGAGUGGAGAAAGUCCCUAUGUGAACAGGAACCCUCAUGUGCGUGUAGCAGAGCUGCUGGAUUAUUGCCCUGUGCCCUGAUCCAGAUAACCACAGCUGUAGUAGAAAGCUUGAUGUACGCAUAUGAAGUACAUGGCAAACCCUACAGGGAAUAGCAUGCAGUUCGGCAUGUGGAAACAUAGCUUUUAAUGUAUUGAUGGCCUGCAGCCCAGUAGAAGAUUGCAGACUCUCAAGCCCUAUUGAAGUAAGCUGAUUAUUUGUGUGCCGAAAUGCAAGCAUUCUUCAUUAAGAACUAGAGCGUUUUCUCUCCCCCUUUUGUUCAUUGGAUUUCUUUCCAAGCAAACUAGUAAUUCCUCUUGCCUCCUUUUUUAAAAACAAAAAUUAAAAAAUCCCGAUACAGCCCCUUCUGUGUAUUAUAGUGUAUAUUGUAUCAUAGACUAUAUAUUGUGUUAUGUGUUUCCUACAUGUUUCAGAAGCAUACAGCUUGUUAUUUUUGAGCUUUUAAAUUAAAAAAAAUCCACUUUA